CAAAAUUCUGUUAAUUGCAUUGCGACGGUCAACAGGAUUGGAGCAAGCAGAGCAAACAAACAGUUGUUUUCGAAAUAAAAAAAAAAACUGUUUGAACAAACCUAAUUGAUAUAUUACAUACAUAUGUACUUAUGUGCAUGCAUACAUAGAUACGCACGUAUAUAUACAUACAUAAUAGGUCAAUAAACAUGGAGGUGCACGUUGGUAUUCCAAAAUUGCUACAAAUGGGCGCCAAACUUGUCGGUCACAAGGUGCAGCAAUACCGUUUGGCCACCAGUCGCACAGUCAUCGUGACAACCAAAUUUGGUCGAGUGCGCGGCCUACAGCGCAAGACCAUCUACGAUGAGGAGCUGUAUUAUGCCUUUGAGGGCAUACCCUAUGCCAAGCCGCCGUUGGGUGAGCUGCGCUUCCGUGCACCGCAAUCGCCGGAGCCGUGGGAGGGUGUACGCAAUUGCACCACAUACGGCGAGAAGCCGCUGCAGCGUAACAUGGUGCUAGGCUUGAUUGAGGGCUCCGAGGAUUGCCUAUAUCUGAAUGUAUAUGUUAAGCAGAUGCAGUCGGAGAAGCCGCUGCCCGUCAUGGUAUGGAUCUAUGGCGGUGGUUUCCAGAAAGGUGAAGCCUCAAGAGAUAUCUACAGUCCGGAUUACUUUAUGAAGCAGCCAGUGGUCUUUGUUACCAUCAGCUAUAGACUGGGCGCGCUGGGUUUCCUAAGUCUCAAGGAUCCCAAGCUAAAUGUGCCAGGCAACGCGGGGCUGAAGGAUCAGGUCCUGGCGCUACGCUGGAUCAGUCAGAACAUUGCCCACUUCAAUGGAGAUCCCAAUAACAUAACGCUUAUGGGCGAGAGCGCGGGCGCAGCAUCCACGCACAUUAUGAUGACCACAGAGCAGUCGCGCGGACUGUUCCACAAGGCCAUACUACAGUCGGGCUGUGCGCUGUCCGCCUGGGCGGAUACGCCGGAUCGCAACUGGGCCUAUCGCCUCGCCCGGCACAUGGGCUACAAAGGCAGCGAGACGGAAGCGGAUGUUCUGCGCUACCUGAGCAAGGCAUCUGCACGGCAAAUUGCCUCGAGUGAUCAGGAGAUUGUGACGCAAGAUGAGCUGCGCAGUUUUUAUCUGUUUGCCUUCGGGCCCGUUGUGGAACCCUAUGAGAGUGCACACUGUGUGGUGCCCAAGCCGCACAAGGAGAUGCUGGCCAGUGCGUGGGGCAAUAGCAUACCGCUCAUCGUUGGCGGCAAUUCGUUCGAGGGCCUCUUCUCGUAUCAGCUCGUUCGUAACGAUCCCUGGGUGAUGACCCAUUUUGAUAAUAUAAUACCACGCGAGGUGAGCGAGUCGAGCACACCAGAGCAACUGGAGCAGCUGGUCCGCCGUCUCAAGCAGGUCUACUUUGGGGAUGAGCAGCGCGAGCGCAUGGAGCUCUUCGAGGCGCUUUAUAUAUUCUCACAUCGGCAAAUCUGGCAUGAUCUGCAUCGCAUGGUCAUGGCCCGCCUAAACUAUGCGUCUGCCACGCCCACCUACUUAUAUCGCUUCGACUUCGACUCGCCACACUUCAAUCAAUUCCGCUGGCUUGUCUGUGGCGAACGCGUGCGCGGUGUCUCCCAUGGUGAUGAAUUGUCUUACCUCUUUUACAAUGUGCUGGCCACAAAACUGAACAAAUCCUCCCAAGAGUAUCGCACCAUAAAGCGCAUGGUCGGCAUGUGGACGGCCUUUGCGGCCAGUAGUGAUCCCAACUGCAGGGCCACAGCAUCGGCCAAGUGGACACCAGUGCAGCAGACACCAGACGGUGCUCACAAUUGCUACAACAUUAGCGACGAAAUGGAGAUGAUGGCACUGCCCGAGGCCACAACGCUGGCCGUCUGGGAUACAUUUUACGACAAAGAAGCUCUCUACUAAAAGCAGAACCCAAGCUUGAUUCCAAUGCUAGAUAUAUAUAUAUAUAUAAAUAUAUAUAUACAUAUAUGUAAGAAAGAACUUCCAAACUAUAUGAUAUAGUACUUCAAUGUAUGUAUGUGCAUAUCUUUUAUAAGUACCAGUGUGAUGAGAAAAAUUUAUAUUAAAGCAUAACCAAAUUCCUUGUACAA